AUGAUGACGACGAUCGAUGACGAUGACGAUGAUGAUGAAGAGGACAAUGACGAUGACGAUUACGAUGAUCAUAACGAUGAUGAUGACGAUGAUGAUAACGAUGACGAUGACAAUGACGAUGACAAUAAAGAUGAUGAUGCUGACGAUGGUGACAAUAACGACGAAGAUGAUGAUGAUGACGAUGAUAAUGACUAUAACGAUGACGAUGGUAAUGAAGAUAAUGAUAACGUUAUUGACGACGAUGACGAUGACGAUGAUGACGAUAAAGAUGAUGAUGACGAUGUAGAUGAUGAUGACGAUGAUGAUGAUGGUGAUGAUGAUGACGACGAUGGUGAUGUCGAUGACGAUGAUGAUAAUGAUGGCAAUAAUGAUGACGAUGACGAUAACAAUAACGACGACGAUGAAGAUAACGAUGAUGAUAACGAUAACGAUAAUGAUGGUGAUGGUGACAAUAACGAUGACGAUGAAGAUGAUGAUGACGAUGAAGAUGAUGAUGAUAAUGAUGAUGAUGACGAUGAUAACGAUGACGAUAAGGAUUACGAUGAUAAUGACAAUGACGAGGAAGAUUAUGAUGACAACAACGACGACGACGAUGAUGAUAUUGAUGACGACGACGUUGAUGAUGACGAUGACGAUAGAGAUGACGAUGACAAUAACGAUGAUGAUGGCGACGAUGGUGACAAUAACGAUGACGGUGAUGUUGAUGACGAUGACGAUGAUGGUGACGAUGGUGAAAAUAACGACGAUGAUGAUGAUGAUGACGAUGACGAUGAUAAUGACGAUAACGAUGACCAUGUUGAUGACGAUGACGAUUAUGAUGAUGGUGAUGAUGACGAUGAUGAUGACGAUGAUGUUGACGAUGACUAUUACAAUGACGACGACGACGAUAACGAUGAUGAUGACGAUGACGAUGACAAUGAUGAUGAUGAUGAUGACGAUGAUGAUAUUGAUGACAAUAACAAUGAUGAUGAUGAUGACGACGAGAAAAUGAUAAUGAUGAUGAUAAUAUCGAUAAUGACGAUGCCGAUUAUGAUGACGAUGACUAUAAAGAUGACGAUGACAAUGACGAUGAUGAUGACUAUGAUAGAUGACGAUGACGAUGAUGAUGACGAGGACGAUGACGAUGACUAUAACUUCGAUCAUAAUGAUGAUGAUGACGAUUGA